GUGUAGUUUAGCGCUCGCUUGUCAUUUCUCACCGCGAGGGGGCGCGAUGCGCAGCACAGGGAGGAGAACACGCAGCGGCGGAGAAUCCACCUGAGAACAAGUCGGGGACCCCCCCCUGAGAAUCGCCUCUCCCUCAGCAUGGCAGCACCAGUGCUCACGGGCCUCGUCCAUCGUUCCAAGCCCGGGGGGGAGUCACAGAGCGCAGAGAAGGGUGAGAGGCUCUUGAAUGGCUGCGUUCCGCUCUCGCACCAGGUGGCCGGCCAUAUGUACGGCAAGGAUAAAGUCGGUAUAUUGCAGCAUCCAGAUGGGACUGUCCUCAAACAGCUACAGCCACCUCCACGCGGACCAAGGGAGUUAAACUUCUAUUCCAUGGUUUUUUCACCUGAUUGCACUAAUAGUCAUCUCCUCGACCUCCAGAAGCUUCUGCCAAAAUAUUUUGGCACCUGGUCCCCUCCAGGAUCUGCAAAUGAUCUCUACUUAAAACUGGAAGAUAUAACCCGGAAAUUCACCAAGCCAUGCAUCAUGGACAUUAAAAUAGGCCAAAAAAGCUACGACCCGUUUGCUUCAGCUGAGAAAAUCCAGCAGCAGGUCAGCAAGUACCCUCUGAUGGAAGAGAUCGGCUUCUUGGUACUUGGCAUGAGGGUCUAUAAUGUCCUUUCUGACAGCUACGAAACGCAAAACCAGCACUAUGGGAGGAGCUUGACAAAGGAGACCGUAAAAGAAGGGGUGUCGAAGUUCUUUCAUAAUGGUACUCGCUUGAGAAAAGAUGCUGUGGCUGAAUGCGUGCAGAAAGUUCAGAGCAUUUUGCAGUGGUUCGAACUUCAGGAAAAUUAUCAUUUUUAUGCAAGCUCCUUGCUCUUUGUCUAUGAAGGCUCCUCUCCGCACACCACAAAACGAUUGAUCGAUGGCACUCUGGUUGAGAAACGGGCAGUCCCGAAAGGACAGUUUACAGACAGCGAGUGUAACAAUAACAUUCCCAUGUUUAGCUCAGUAACAAAUGGAGGGACUGAAGAAUCUGUAGAAAAAAACAUGGCCGAAAUCUGUGCCCUUCAGAGAAAGCCAUGUUCCAAGAGGCACCACAGCCAAGUGUCUCAAGAGGGUGAAAGUAGAGACCACGGCAGCACAAAAAGUCAAAAUGACCUUUCCCACGAACACCUGAAUGGAAACCUUGUAUCCAAACUGGAAAACGUACGUUGCCAUAUUCCGACUGAUCUGAAGGACGGCCCUCAGGUGGAUGUGCGGAUGAUCGAUUUCGCUCACGUGUUCCCGAGUAACGGAAAAGACGGGGGGUACAUUUAUGGUCUCAAAAGCUUAAUUUCAGUGUUGCAAAGUAUUUUGCGCGACUGAAAACACAUCUUUAGAUUUUUGUUUUUAGUAGGUGGCCAAUGACCUGAUAAUCAUGGACAAUACGCCGUUCAGAAUAUUUGCACUUGUAAUUGUGGUAAACUGGGUUUUUAAUCGUAAUUCUGAAAUAUAUUCUAACCUUUUUUUUUUUUUCUCCAAUCUUUGGUGGAAGGGUUUUACCUUUUAUAAUAUUACUCAGGAAAAAUGAACUGGUUUGUAUUCGUCAAGAAAAGCAGCUUGACCUGGAAUUUGGAACGGUUUCCGGUGGGCUGCUGAUUGAAACAAAGAGGAAAGACUGGAGUUGAAGGGACGUUAUGGAGAGCUCUGCCUUUCUGACACGUAAGAUAAAUCGCUGUUUGGGACCACUCUUCUAACUGAAAACAAUAUCGGUGAUCAGAAGUACCACGUUUAGUUUACCGCUCGGAAUUAGCUGUUUUUGUCUUUCCCCAGGGGAAACAAGCUGUGCCUUCAUUCAUUUUAUUUAUAUUUAUAAAGGAAAAGAAAUCAGUAACUCUCAUUUCACCGCACCAAAUGUAUAGGUGUCCCACUCGGUAAGGGUUUGCUAACCUAGUAGCUGCUGGAGAAUUCUGGGAAGUGUCUUACACCAAUUGUAGGAAUACCCCAGGAUAACAAUCUCUGCUCUUUGCUGACAAUAGUAUUCUUGUAAUGAAAUUGACCGCAUUUAUACUGAGCCAUUAGGAACCACUGUACUUUUUGUUUUGGGUUUCCUCCUACUGUUUACAAGACUUCUAAUAUUACUGGAAAAGAAUUCAAUA